CGAUAUCUUCUUCAAAAAUGAUCAAUCGAAUUCUGUCCCUAGAAAGGAAUUUUCAGAGCGUAAAAAAGUCUUCGGAAGAGAAAAAUUUGCCUAUACAGAUAGGCUGGAAUUCAUCAGUGAAAAAAAUCGAUACCUUCUUUGAACGCCAAGAUACACGCGGAUAUAAAUUUGAUAUCGAUUCAAGAGGAAACGUAUUUAUAAUUGAAAUGGAAAAAGAUGAACGUGGAUUUGUUAUUAAACGACUUGAAAAAUAUUUUGACGUUCCCAACGGAGGUGUUGUUGAUAAUCCUCCGAUAGAUGUUGGGGGUUCUUCAGCUCACUAUCGACCACGUGGAAGAGGAGAACCGUCAGCACCUGAUAUUGCAAUAUUUCCAGGUCUGGCCAUUAUUCCAAAACCUCCAACUCCACCCCCACAUCCACAGCGUAGAUUUGCUCGUAGAGCUCCUCCAAGGAUUUCCCGACAUCGUGAGAUUCCUCCGGUUAACAAAACGGGAAGACCCCACGCACGAAUAAUGUGCGAAAUUGCAGUGUCCCAAAGGUAUCAAAGUGGUAAUAGGGGUCAGUAUGGUUGGAAUCCAAAGUGUAUUCGUUGGAUGCAACAACAAUACGUAAGAUGCGUAUUUGGAGUUAAAAUUUAUGAUCCAAGAGCUACACGAAAUGCAGUCGGACAGUUGCAUCGGUGCAUGAUUGCCAGACUCUGGACACGUCAGGCAGCACCAAUACCAGAAAGACACAUAGCAGUAGCAGGACUUCCUGGAGUAUAUUAUGAAGAGUGGAAUUUCGGUACUCACGAUUAUUACACUGGUGCUCUUACUGCUUGCAUAGGGUCAGGUCUUAUUAAUUAUCAAGUUAAUAUCCCGGUUCAAGAAGUAUUUUGGAACCCGUCUAUCAUCGGAGGAUCUCCUUCCAUAGCCGGGUAUGUCAUCGCAGUCCCUGGUGUUGUCACUGCUCCUAACUUCAUUAUAGAUUUAUAUCAAAUCCAACAAGUGGUUUUACAAAAUCAGGAAAAUUAGACAAUAAGUUUAAAAUAGGCAAUUUCCUAAACAAAUCGUACUCAAAAAUUAAGCUGUAACACAGAAAAUCGGUUGAUGAUUUAUCAUCAGCUGAGACAAAAAAAAAUUUAUAUCUAAUCAGACAAGACAUAGUCGCUAAAAACCCAUUUCUCCUAUGAAAAAUCCCUUUUCUCACUCUUCGCUUAGAUAGUUAG